CAUUGGCCACGACAGGCAUGGAGGGAUAAGAACGGUGUCAGCACCACAGUGUGCCACCCGUUUCCCUAUCCAAGGACGAUAACACACUCCGGGUUCAUCUGCAAACACGCGUCGAUCGCAGGCCAUCGGACAUUUCCUUCCCUUCGCUGCAGCUACCUUCUCUGCCGCUCGGUGGUCACCAUGUCUGCCUUCGUUGGAAAGUAUGCAGACGAACUGAUCCGGACCGCCAAGUACAUUGCCACCCCCGGGAAGGGCAUCCUGGCCGCCGACGAGAGCACCGGCACCAUCGGCAAGCGGCUGUCGAGCAUCAACGUGGAGAACACGGAGCCAAACCGCCAGGCCCUCCGCGAGCUCCUCUUCACCACCUUCGACGCCCUCCCCUCCAUCUCCGGCGUCAUCCUCUUCGAGGAGACGCUGUACCAGAAGACCUCCGCCGGCAAGCCCUUCGUCGACGUCCUCGCCGACAACAAGGUCAUCCCCGGCAUCAAGGUGGACAAGGGCAUCGUGGAGCUCGCCGGCACCAACGGCGAGACAACCACCCAGGGCUUUGACUCGCUGGGCGCCCGGUGCCUGCAGUACUACAAGGCCGGGGCCCGAUUCGCCAAAUGGCGGGCGGUACUCAAGAUCGGGCCGACGGAGCCGUCGGAGCUAGCCAUCCAGCAGAACGCCCAGGGGCUGGCCAGGUAUGCCAUCAUCUGCCAGGAGAACGGCCUCGUCCCCAUCGUCGAGCCGGAGAUCCUCACCGACGGCAACCACGACAUCAAGAAGUGCGCCGCCGUCACCGAGACUGUGCUCGCCGCCGUCUACAAGGCGCUCAACGACCACCACGUGCUUCUCGAGGGCACGCUCCUGAAGCCCAACAUGGUCACGCCCGGCUCCGACAGCCCAAAGGUAGCGCCGGCGGUGGUGGCCGAGUACACUGUGGGGGCGCUGCGCCGCACCGUGCCCCCGGCGGUGCCGGGGAUCGUGUUCCUGUCGGGAGGACAGAGCGAGGAGGACGCAACGCUGAACCUUAACGCCAUGAACAAGCUGGGGGUGCUGAAGCCGUGGACCUUGUCCUUCUCCUUCGGCAGGGCUCUGCAGCAGAGCACCAUCAAGAAGUGGAGCGGGAAGAAGGAGAACGUGCCGUCGGCCCAGGCGGCGUUCCUGGCGAGGUGCAAGGCCAACUCGGAGGCGACGCUCGGGAAGUACGCCGGCUGCGCAGCUGAUGCAGCGGCCUCGGAGAGCCUGUACGUGAAGGAUUACAAGUACUAGUUCCAAGUGCUGCGUUGCUGCCAUCGGCCAUGUCUCCUUUAUCUCUCUCUCUCUCUCUCUCUCGAAUCCACCUCUUCUCUUUUGACCAUACUAUCUGCCAGCAUCUGAGCUUGUUUAUAUAUACUAUCUGCUCUGAUAUUAAUAUAGCCACUUUGUGCAUUAAAUUUGGGUGCUUCUCAUUCAAAUUAAAUGCCAUAUCAACCAUGACUAUGGGUAAUGAAUUUGGAGUUGCUGGUGUU